AUGGAAUAUAUAGAAGAAGCCGAGAGGCUGUGGGGAUUGACUUGUACUCGCUACAGGCCCGGCCAUAUCGAGAUUGCUGGCGUCAUUUUAAGUCAAAUCAUUGGCUUCAUUAUCCCAGCAACCAUUUACCUGCUUAUUGAUGUCUUUUUCCCGAGGUUUUCUCACAGACAUAAGAUACAAAGCGAGCGUCGGCAACCCACAUGGCCCCAGAUUUGGCAUUGUAUCCAAAUAUCGAUGUUCAAUCAAUUUUGGCUCAUUGGGCUACAUGCCCUUGCUACCUAUUGGAUUGGCCUCGACCACACAUUUCUCGAGAUGGACCCUCACCUUCCAACUUUGAAGACAUUGGCAAUAGACUUUAUCUUUGGGAUGGCUGCUCGUGAGGUUAUGUUUUACUACGUCCAUCGUGCUUUGCAUCAUCCGAGCAUAUAUGUUUAUAUCCACAAGAUGCACCACAAGUACACCGCACCAAUCAGCUUUGCCGCGGAAUAUGCACAUCCUGUUGAGCAUAUUAUCGCCAACGUUCUUCCAAUUGCCUUGCCUUUGACUCUGAAGGGCACACACUUUUUGUCGCUUAUGGCCUUCUCUGUCUUUGAACUUUUCCAAGCCGCCGCCGACCAUAGUGGCUACGAUUUCUUCAAAUUGCCCCCGGCUUCAAUUCACGAUCUUCACCAUGAGAAGUUUCGCGUCAACUACAGCACAUUGGGAAUCAUGGACUGGAUUCACGGUACCGAUAUUGUGGGUUGGGAUCGUCCGGGUCGACAGGAUGGCAGGAAGCUCCAAAAGAACGGUGGAAAAGAAGACUGA